AUGGCGGAUGAUAAUGCCCUUGAUCUGACCUUGGGUCUGCCUUGUGGUGGCGGCGGUUCCUCAGUUAAAGGUAAAAUUGGCAGCUCAUCUGAUACUAGAUCAGAUGAAGUUGAUAGAGGUAGCAAAGUAAUUGAUAAGUUCAAAAACUUUCUGGAAGAUGGGACCCAACAAAAUCUUGUGAAAACAGAGGAGAAUAUCUUUAACAACUUUCCAAAAGCAGCUGUGGAUGUGGAAACAUCUAAAAACUUGAACACAGGUGGGUUAUGGGUUACAAAUGAUUGCAGGUCUACAUCAGUUGAAGAAGAAAAGAGAUCAGAUGUUAGUGAAAAGCGCAAAAGCUUGUUUAGUGAAAUGAGUCAACAAAAGAAACGUGGGACAGAAUCUCAUCAUCCUGAUUUGACCGAUAAGACCAAGGGAUCCCACAUUUCCAUAUCCACUGAUGAGGGAUCAACUGCAGAAAAUGAAGGUGUAGCUGAUUCUGAAGUGGAGGGUUCAAGUAUAAGACAGGUUUCUCAGCAUGAUGACAGCUCAAGACGGUUUGUAGACAGUGGUGGUAAGUCCAGGGUUCAUAAGGAGGUCCAUGCAUUUUCUGAUUCCAGUGGUGUAGAACUUUUAGGACAGAAUAGAUUUACCAUUUCAUCAGAAAAGGAAUAUAAUAUGGGGAACGUGUCAACGCACUAUCGUAUUCCGUUCCCAGCUCAAUUUGUAAACAUGUUGAAUGUGCCUUACUCUCAAUCUGUAAAGGAUUAUAACCCUAGCAGUACUCCUAGUUCCUCUAGUUAUCCUUUACCUGGCAUGAUGCAUGUGAUGGGUGGCACAAAUAGCGAGCGACCAAGUGUGAUGUCUACAAACUUGCCAUUGAUGUUUGGGUACACUCCUGUUCAGCUUCCAACACUGGACAAGGAUAAUCUGCAGGGUCUUGUUUCUCAUCAUCAGCAGCUUCGCCCAACUUUUACAGGAAGGGAUCAAAUAAACUUGGACAAGGGCAAUGAUGGGCCAAAGAUAACUCAAGCAACCAUGCCAGUGAUUUUGCACAAGUCAUCAGAUUCUAAUGAUGGGAAGGAAGUAGAACGUGCCAGAAGUAAUGGAAAACAACAUGUUGGAGAAGAAGGCUCCUCUCACACAGAAGGUGAUCUAAAAGGAAUCGACUUCCCAGCUAUUCGACCAGGUAUCGCGGCAGACCUGAAAUUUGGAGGUUGUGGGUCCUACCCAAAUCUGCCAUGGGUUUCGACCACUGGUUCGGGUCCAAAUGGAAAAACAAUAUCUGGUGUGACUUACAAGUACAGUCCUACACAAAUAAGGAUCGUUUGUGCUUGUCAUGGAUCCCACAUGUCUCCUGAAGAAUUUGUUCAGCAUGCGAGUGAAGAGAAUCCAGAAUCUGGCACUGGUUUAGCCUCGUUCCCAAGUAGCACUCCAGCAGUCUAA